AUGCCGUCACAUCGCUAUCGCGUGUUUCUGCGAGCGGGGAUAUCGGAGGAGCAUAAAGAGGAUGUUCUGCGAAGCUUCUUCGAGAAGUUCGGGACCGUGAUCGACGUGUACGUGCCGCGCGAUCCGUUCACCGGCACUUUGAAGGGCAUCGCGUUCAUCUCGUUCGAAGAAGAGGAAGCCGUCAAAGCCGCGGUGGAAAACGACUCUUACGAGAUCUGCGGCGUGACCAUUCCCAUAACCAAAGCCGAACCUCGAGGACCGGAGCAGCCAUCUCGCCGCCGAGCCUACAACGACGACCGACCCUCCCACCGAGCCUCCGGCUACCCACCGUCUUCCCUAGCCAUGGCAGCCGCAGCAGCACCCCGAGCCGCUAUAGGUUCGGCAGGCUUGGAUUACUACUCCGUGACUCCUCUAGUCACGUCUGGCGGCUAUGGUGCCGGACUAAGUUCGGGAUUUGGAGGCGGGUAUAUACUGUCGAAUGCUAUGGAGGGGUAUGGGCGCAGCGGAGGCGGGGGAGGAGGCGGAGGCGGAGGCGGAGGCGGAGGGGGAGGAUUUGAGGACGAGUUUCGGAUCUUUGUGGGGGGAGUGGCGGAGGAGAUCAGCGAGCAGGACGUGAAGGAGCAUUUUGAACAGUACGGCACGGUAGAGGACGUUUAUUUCCCCAAAGACAGAGGCUCUGGCACUCGGCGUGGUUUCUGCUACGUGCGGUUCAACUCGUUCGCGGCGGCGGACAGCGCCCGCGCCCGCCCCUGCUCGCGGGAGGAAGGGGCGGGGAUGGGCGGAGAGGAGGGGGAGGCGGAGGGGGAGGGGGAGGGUGGUGGGGGGUAUGGGGGGGGAUAUGGGGGUGGGUAUGGUGGUGGUGGGGGAGGGGGAGGGGGAGGUGGGGGAUAUGGGGGCGGGUAUGGGGGUGGGUAUGGGGGUGGGUAUGGAAUAAAGGACGAGGGGAGGGAGAGGGAUUACGAGAGGGGGGGAGGCGAGGGGCGGAAUGGAGAUGGGGGGGGACGCUCGCGGUAUCGGCCGUAUUGA